AUGCACCACCGCCUGCCAUCAAAACCCAGCCCUUAUGCACCACCGCCUGCCAUCAAAACCCAGCCCUUAUGCACCACCGCCUGCCAUCAAAACCCAGCCCUUAUGCACCACCGCCUGCCAUCAAAACCCAGCCCUUAUGCACCACCGCCUGCCAUCAAAACCCAGCCCUUAUGCACCACCGCCUGCCAUCAAAACCCAGCCCUUAUGCACCACCGCCUGCCAUCAAAACCCAGCCCUUAUGCACCACCGCCUGCCAUCAAAACCCAGCCCUUAUGCACCACCGCCUGCCAUCAAAACCCAGCCCUUAUGCACCACCGCCUGCCAUCAAAACCCAGCCCUUAUGCACCACCGCCUGCCAUCAAAACCCAGCCCUUAUGCACCACCGCCUGCCAUCAAAACCCAGCCCUUAUGCACCACCGCCUGCCAUCAAAACCCAGCCCUUAUGCACCACCGCCUGCCAUCAAAACCCAGCCCUUAUGCACCACCGCCUGCUAUCAAAACCCAGCCCUUAUGCACCACCGCCUGCCAUCAAAACCCAGCCCUUAUGCACCACCGCCUGCCAUCAAAACCCAGCCCUUAUGCACCACCGCCUGCCAUCAAAACCCAGCCCUUAUGCACCACCGCCUGCUAUCAAAACCCAGCCCUUAUGCACCACCGCCUGCCAUCAAAACCCAGCCCUUAUGCACCACCGCCUGCCAUCAAAACCCAGCCCUUAUGCACCACCGCCUGCCAUCAAAACCCAGCCCUUAUGCACCACCGCCUGCCAUCAAAACCCAGCCCUUAUGCACCACCGCCUGCUAUCAAAACCCAGCCCUUAUGCACCACCGCCUGCCAUCAAAACCCAGCCCUUAUGCACCACCGCCUGCCAUCAAAACCCAGCCCUUAUGCACCACCGCCUGCCAUCAAAACCCAGCCCUUAUGCACCACCGCCUGCUAUCAAAACCCAGCCCUUAUGCACCACCGCCUGCCAUCAAAACCCAGCCCUUAUGCACCACCGCCUGCCAUCAAAAACCCAGCCCUUAUGCACCACCGCCUGCCAUCAAAACCCAGCCCUUAUGCACCACCGCCUGCUAUCAAAACCCAGCCCUUAUGCACCACCGCCUGCCAUCAAAACCCAGCCCUUAUGCACCACCGCCUGCCAUCAAAACCCAGCCCUUAUGCACCACCGCCUGCCAUCAAAACCCAGCCCUUAUGCACCACCGCCUGCUAUCAAAACCCAGCCCUUAUGCACCACCGCCUGCCAUCAAAACCCAGCCCUUAUGCACCACCGCCUGCUAUCAAAACCCAGCCCUUAUGCACCACCGCCUGCUAUCAAAACCCAGCCCUUAUGCACCACCGCCUGCCAUCAAAACCCAGCCCUUAUGCACCACCGCCUGCCAUCAAAACCCAGCCCUUAUGCACCACCGCCUGCCAUCAAAACCCAGCCCUUAUGCACCACCGCCUGCCAUCAAAACCCAGCCCUUAUGCACCACCGCCUGCCAUCAAAACCCAGCCCUUAUGCACCACCGCCUGCCAUCAAAACCCAGCCCUUAUGCACCACCGCCUGCUAUCAAAACCCAGCCCUUAUGCACCACCGCCUGCUAUCAAAACCCAGCCCUUAUGCACCACCGCCUGCUAUCAAAACCCAGCCCUUAUGCACCACCGCCUGCUAUCAAAACCCAGCCCUUAUGCACCACCGCCUGCUAUCAAAACCCAGCCCUUAUGCACCACCGCCUGCUAUCAAAACCCAGCCCUUAUGCACCACCGCCUGCUAUCAAAACCCAGCCCUUAUGCACCACCGCCUGCUAUCAAAACCCAGCCCUUAUGCACCACCGCCUGCUAUCAAAACCCAGCCCUUAUGCACCACCGCCUGCUAUCAAAACCCAGCCCUUAUGCACCACCGCCUGCUAUCAAAACCCAGCCCUUAUGCACCACCGCCUGCUAUCAAAACCCAGCCCUUAUGCACCACCGCCUGCUAUCAAAACCCAGCCCUUAUGCACCACCGCCUGCUACUGA